CUAACUUUUGCCUCAUGUACCUUUGCAGCAUUUUCUUUAAAUCCGAACUAGCGCCCCGCGACAUUCCGUAGACUUCUACCUUUUUACCCUUUCGCUGAUCCAUCUAGCAACUUUUUCUUCUCCAUCGACGUUCUUUUCUACGUACUUCACAUAACACAAACAUACACACGCUCAUUCGCGCGCUACCCAUUUAUACUUCUCGACGCGUAAAUCAAGAUGGCUCGCAACCGUUCCGCCGCUCGACCUGCUCCGGCUCGUCCCACCGUCCCCAGCAGAGCGUCUGCUUCCUCUUCUCAACAGACGCGGCCGGCAGCGACUUAUGCCCCGGCGCAAUCUGCGCACCCGCAUCCCCCUGCGCAGGCCGCUCCCCAGGGCUCCCAGGGACCCGGUUUGUUUGGCCAGAUGGCCAGUACUGCGGCUGGUGUCGCAGUAGGUUCCUCCAUCGGCCAUGCGAUCGGCGGGCUCUUCGGCGGCGGCGGCUCUGCGCCGGCCGAAGCCUCUCCCCAAGCCGCCAGCGCACAGCAGCAACAGAGCCAGUGGGGCAACAACUGUCAGGGCGCCACGCAGUCCUUCACCAAGUGCAUGGACGAACAGGGCGGAAAUAUGCAGAUCUGCGGCUGGUAUCUCGAGCAGCUAAAGGCCUGCCAGGCUGCUGCUAGCCAGUACUAAGAUAUUCAUAUGUUCCAAGAUGGGGUAGGGAAGGAGGAAAAAGAGAAAGGAGCAGGAGGAGGCUGUGAGGAUGGCUGGAAAAGGGGGUAAUGAGAACUCUCCCAUCUCUGCGCCUUUAGGCCGAAGUAAUCGUGUCCUCUAGCUAUUUGUAUCGUCUUUAGCCAACGCAUAGUUUUGUCUGUGGAGUGCAGUCGCGUUUGCUUGCGGAGCCCUCGAGCCAGUGCUUCUGUAUAUACUGACGUAAGACGAUUCAUAAAGUAAAAAAUUUCACCCUA